AUGAAUGCCUGGCUCGACGCCUCGAAUAUUCCUGGCCAGGAUAAUGGCGCCUUUCAUCCAUCCACUAUAGAUCCCUCUACUGCGUUCCUUCAUGGCUCCCCCACCCCCCAGGAUCCAUCUCAAUUCCGCAUGUUCAAUAAUGGCGUGCCGCGGAACGCCUCCCCAGGCUUCCACAAUCCAAACCAAGUGAUUCCAUCCAAGCGAGCGCGGCCAGAAGAUGGUAUGCCCAUGUCGCCAAGACCAGUACCGGGCGGCUUAACGGGGUCGCGAUCUCAGACCCCUCACCAGCCGUUUCCAGGUUAUCAAGGACCGACCAACGGCAAUCCGCAAUUUCCGCAACACCCAACGCCGUACCAGCAUCUUCAGCAGGGGGCGUCUCCGAAUGUAACGCAUUCGCCUAUUAUGCAGGACUUUGAUCAGCAAAGCGCUCGCUUGGGAACGGCUUCUCCGAGCCCCUUCUCGCCCGCUGGUCCGCACCCCGGACCCCAUAUGUCCCCAUCGCAGUCAGAUCACGGCAGUCGCGUAAAUACGCCCCAGAACGCCAACUUUAUGCAGGCGCAGCAGUUUGGAAUGACUUCGGGACCUCCCCAACCCUCGAUGCUCGCGCCGCAGUUCAAUGGCAUGCAACAAGUACCCCAGGGCUACCAUCAAGCUCUAGCGAAUCAACAACAGCGGCUGCAUGCCAUGCAGCAACAGUCACGGAUGAAUCCCAAUGCCACGAUGGCUGGACGGCAGGUUCAAGGAGGCAUGAACCCGAUGGGUAAUCCUCAGCAGUCCAUGGAGGGUAUGAGACAAAUGCCACCGAACAUGCAGUCGAACGUCCCAAAACCCAGUAACCCGGAAGGAUUUUUGCGCUCAUUGCAAAAAUUCAUGAUGAGCCAGAAUCUUUCUGUGGACACAAAUCCUAUUGUCAGUGGACGUCCGAUCAACCUCGUUCAGCUCUACGCCACCGUGAUGAAGAUGGGAGGGUCGAAAAAGGUCACAGCAACGAAUAUGUGGCCAGCAGUUGCACAUCAGCUGCAAUUUCCCCAGAUGCAAUUUCCUAUGGCUGCCCAGGAGAUUCAAGCUCACCACUCAAGGAAUUUGGCUCCCUACGAACAAGCUUUCAUCAGCUCACAACAAAAACAAAUGGCGGACCACAUGCAGCAACAGCAGCAGCAAAUGCAACAGCAGCAAUUACAGCAGCAGCAACAAUUGCAACAGCAACAGCAGCAGCAACAACAACAGCAGCAGCAGCAGCAGCAACAGCAACAACUGCAACAUCAUGGCGGCAUACAGCGGCCGCCUAGUCAAUUCCAGUCUCCUUCAGUGAAGCCUAAUCCAGGCUUUGAGCAGGCCCAGGCGAUAGCACAGUCCCCCCAGAAUCACACGCCAAUUCAUAAUAAUGCCCCAGUGAAUGGAUUUGCAACGCCAACGCACGCACGAAGCCAAAGCAGGCCAGCACAGGCCGGACACCGGUCAAGCAUCUCGAGGGCGUCGCAACCAGCUGUUCCACUCACCGAAGCCACCGGACAGUUCGCAGCUCCUUCUCCCCAAUCUGUGAAGGGUGUUACGCCUGUUCCGGGCCAACAGCAGCCAGGACAACAAGAACAAAAAUCCGAGCAGCUGGUAAAACGCCCUAUUGAGGAAACCUUCAAACCCAUGGUUCUGAAAGGAAACCGAUUCCACGGGCCCAUUGCCGUUGAUGAGAUGUAUCAGAUUGGCGAGGAUAUUUCGAGGCUAAAGCCAGAUGUGCCAGGCUUUGCAGAACUAGGAAUUGUCGAUAUCCACGCCUUGACAAUGGCGCUCAAGUCCGGGAUCUACGCGGAGAUACGAGUUGCUUUGGAUACCCUCACAACACUUUCUGGUGAACCAUCUGUUCAGAUAUCAUUGGAGAAUUGUGAUGACUUGGUAGAGAGCCUGAUCGACUGCGCUGAAGACCAGGCCGACCUUCUAGCAGAGCACACCUUGGAAGAGUCGGAUACUAUGACUCUCCGUUCCUAUGAUCAAGUCACACGGGACUGCCAGUCUGAAAACACAUCGCUUUUAGAUGUUCCCGAAUUUGGAAGUAUUGAGUACGAACUAGACCGGGCCGUCGAUCGACUCAUCUGUAUCACCACUAUCCUGCGCAAUUUCUCGUUUAGCGAGACGAAUUUCUUAUCUCUCGGUAUCCCUCCUGUCGCUCAGCUGUUUUCCUCCGUCUUUCGUUACAUGGGAACUCGCAAGAUGUUCCUGCGGACAAGCCACAACACGUUAGAUUUUAUGAAGGAUGCAGUGAUCUUGCUGAGUAACUUGGCGCAUGUUGUUCAAAUUCCCGGCAAGGACGAGGCGCUGAAUCUGUUGAUUUUCUUGUUGGCGUUCUCGCCUGAACCUGAACCCAUAUCACCCGCUGGAAAAGUGAUGUUUACUGCAUUCAACUCUUCGGUUGAUCGAUACACCCCAGCUGCCGUUGACGGGCUGGCCAAAAUGUUGGCUAGAGAUGACCCGAACCGAACUUUCUUCAAAGCCAUCUUCUCUGGUGAUGGGUCUGCACCUCCCCAGCCAGAGUUGUUAACCCGCGCGUUUGGGCUUGCCAUAUCCUGUGUCCCCGACAAAAAGCCCAUGGCUGUUGUGGACGCACGCAAAGUGUUUUUGAUGCAAGGUCUUUUGUCGGCCGAUGUUCUCACCACAUUUGCCGAUGGCUCUCUUGCCAAAGCAUGGCUUGAGUCAGUUGAUGGGUUCGCUGUCCAUCUCCUGCGACUUUCCUGCGCACUGUGCACAGAACGAAUCCCACAAAUCAACAUGCGGCAAAGAAGCCAGGCCGAAGCCGACGCAUAUGCCUUCAGCUCGAUUGUCAAUCGAGGACUGGGGAUUCUACGCCGACUCGCCGAAAAAUCAAAGCAAGUCGACAACACCUCCCCUCUUAACAUCCCAUCCGGAAUCCUUCCCAGAAAAGAAAGUCUGCUAGGUGCACUACUCCUCCCCAACAUCGAUGGUGGUGUUGUUCGCCAACUCCUCACAUAUGCUCGGUUGGCGGAGUAA